GUCGACAACGUGGAGCGUGCAGCGUCAGCAGUAUGCAGUCAUAAGAGGGCCGCGAGCGCAUGGCUCGCCCUCUUUUUCGCUGUGCAGUUCUUGUGGAGCACCGGUGGUGCCGUGUGAUUAGUGAUAAGUGAAUAAAUUGUUGAAAGUAGUUAGUUUUUAAAAGUGUUUGCAUAUCACGAUUCCCAUAAGUGGUGUCAGAAGUGGGAUCGUGAGGUGUUAAAAUAGUGGAAGAUCCCGCCGCACGAGUAACCAGCCGUCGAAGGAUCACCCGGAUGCUGCAAACACAACCAAUACUGUGGCUCCUUACGCUGGUAGGGAUGGCCACUUCAGACUUGAGAAUUCAUACCCUGGAUCAGAGUCCGAUCAUUAUAGUUCCGUUAGGACCCGCUAAAAUAAGCACUAGUUCUCUGCGAAUUGUGCACCCCAUAAACUUGACCUCAAUUGGAACAAUUGUAGAAAGCUUUAACGCCGUUUCUAUGGAGAGAUUGUCGAAUCAAACGCCUUUUAAGUCAAUAGUUAAAGCAAAAUUAGACAAAAUAAACUUGAGUUACAACCGAAUAAAACCACUACGUAGGAGAAAACGAUGGGAAUCUCUCGGAAAGGCCUGGAAAUACGUAUCGGGAAGCCCUGAUGCAGACGACCUUAAGAUUAUAAAUUCGUCAUUAAAUUCAUUAAUUAGCGAGAAUAACAAGCAAAUAAGAAUCAAUAGUGCUUUCGAUUCACGAAUGAGCAACAUUACAAAAGCAAUUAACGUCAUACUGGAAAAUGAGGAAAAUGUAAUACAUUCCUUAGAGGGCUUUGAUGUAUUAGAAUUAAUAUUCAAAAUUGAUGAGCUAUUAUACCACUUAGACAUAAUCGAAGAGGCGAUCACAUUAGCGAGACGGAGUAUCCCAAGCAGCCGCAUCAUUCACCUCGACGAAUUGGAAACCAUUCAUCAUUCCCUCAUUAAUGACGGUUUCGGGCUUAACUCGGUCGAUAGCAUACUUAGUACUGCCAAUGCCUACGCAGUAUUAAACAACGAAAUUUUCAUGUACAUACUGAAGAUACCCAGGAUCAAAAAUGUACAGUACACCCUCAACUUCAUUGAACCAGUCAUUGUAGAUCACCACAGAGUCCACCUACAAACACAGUUUUAUUUGAAAGGACAGAAAUCAUUCAUGUUAAAAAGCGCUUGUUCCAAAGCCAACGCCAUGUUUAUAUGUUCCUCAACGGAUCUAGAACCUUUGACGGGUUGUAUGCAACAAUUGGUCUCCGGAAAUACAGCAGAGUGUCCCAUAGAACGCACCUACGGAAACAAAACUAUUCGGAAAAUCAAUGAUGGCAAUAUAGUCGUCAAUGCAAUCAAUGUAACACUUUCGUCAAACUGUUCAGUCACCCAACGCACUCUACAGGGGUCGUUCCUAAUCCAAUACUCAAACUGUACACUGAAAUUGGAUGACGAGGAAUAUGUCAACACAAACAUGGAGAUACAGCCGUUCAUACCUACCACGGGAUUGAAGCCGAAAACCUCCAUUGGAAACUUCAUUUCCUGGGAUGGAUAGCAUCCGUAAUCUCAUCAACUUUACUAAUCUGCAUACUGGGUUCAUCCAUAAUCAUCGUUUUGAAAUUCGCCGCCUGGAAGACACUCCUUACCAACAGCAAACCAGAAGUCAUCGAACAGGAUACCAUCGCAUCAACCGAGGCCCAUCCCGAGUCCAGAGAGGUACCGCUGAUACUUCAGCAGUAGACGAAAGCCGAGGACGUCUUUCAGCUAAGGGGGAAGCCGUUACGGAACCGUUUGGUACAUCACGCCACUCGGGUCCGCCAACCUACGGUCGACAACGUGGAGCGUGCAGCGUCAGCAGUAUGCAGUCAUAAGAGGGCCGCGAGCGCAUGGCUCGCCCUCUUUUUCGCUGUGCAGUUCUUGUGGAGCACCGGUGGUGCCGUGUGAUUAGUGAUAAGUGAAUAAAUUGUUGAAAGUAGUUAGUUUUUAA